CUUCCUGGAUCUUUCACUUAAUUUUCUCCUCUCAAGGGUCUCCUCCAUUUUCUCGGAAAAGUUUCAAGAGUUUAUAGUGUACCCUUUUGAGUUAGUGUAAGAGUUAAUGGGUUGCUGCUGAUUUGAGAAAUGGAGGAGUUGAUGCAGCAGGAGCAAAGGUCAUUGGCUGAGACUCCAACUUACUCAGUUGCCUCAGUGGUUACAGUCAUGGUGUUUGUCUGCUUGUUGGUAGAAAGGUCAAUAUACAGAUUUGGAAGGUGGUUAAAGAGGACUAGAAGGAAAGCACUCUUUGCCUCUUUGGAGAAGAUUAAGGAAGAGCUGAUGCUACUUGGGCUUAUAUCAUUGCUUUUAGCACAAUGUGCAAGAUGGAUUUCUGAGAUAUGUGUAGAUUCAUCUCUAUUCACCAGUCGUUUCUAUAUUUGUUCUGAGAAAGAUUAUGAAAUCAGUGAGAACGCUCAUUUUGAAUCUCCUUUCUCUUCUCUCAAUGAGACAAAAACUCACCCAAAUACAAUAAGUUCACCUUCAUCUCAUCAAUGUGGUGAGGGCCGUGAACCAUUUGUUUCAUACGAAGGCCUUGAACAGCUUCAUCGCUUCCUUUUUGUUCUUGGGAUCACUCAUGUUUUGUAUAGCUGUGUGGCCGUUGGUCUCGCCAUGAGCAAGAUUUACAGUUGGAGGAAAUGGGAAAAUCAGGCUACCUUGCAAGCAAAAAUAAACAAGGUCAUGAGGCGUCAAUCCACUUUUGUUUAUCAUCACACAUCACACCCAUGGAGCAGGAAUCCGGUUCUUAUUUGGAUGCUCUGCUUCCUAAGACAAUUUAAGAGCUCUAUACAGAAAUCAGACUACUUGGCACUUCGUUUAGGCUUCAUAACAAAGCACAAGUUGCCGCAAACUUAUGAUUUUCACAAAUAUAUGGUUCGAAGUAUGGAAGAUGAAUUUAAUGGUAUUCUUGGAAUUAGCUGGCCACUCUGGGGUUAUGCCAUAGUAUGCAUCUUCGUAAACAUCCAUGGUAUUAACAUUUACUUCUGGCUUUCUUUCAUCCCAGCCAUUCUUGUCAUGCUAGUUGGAACAAAACUUCGACACGUUGUCUCUUGUUUAGCACUUGAAGUUGUUGAGCAGACAGGACCAUCUAUAGCGGCGACUCAGAUAAAGCCACGUGAUGAUCUGUUUUGGUUUGGAAAGCCUGUGAUAUUACUACGGUUGAUACAAUUUAUCAUAUUUCAGAAUGCCUUUGAGAUGGCAACAUUUAUCUGGUCCUUGUGGGGACUUAAGCAGAGAUCUUGUUUCAUGGAAAACAAUUUAAUGAUAAUCACUCGGUUGGCCUCUGGUGUUAUCGUUCAGUUCUGGUGUAGUUACAGCACAGUACCUCUGAAUAUAAUUGUUACACAGAUGGGAUCUCGGUUUAAGAAAGCCCUCGUCGCUGAGAGCGUAAGAGAGUCACUCCAUAGCUGGUGCAAGAGGGUGAAAGAGAGGUCUAAACGCGAAUCCUUGCACUCACACACCACAAGAUCAGUGUGUUCAUUAGAAUCGACAAUCUAUGAGGGAGACGAAAUAACUAUUGCAUCAGGGACUUUGUCCAGGAGCUCAUCGUUAGAAUCUCAAAAUCAGUUGACUGUGACAUCAAAUUCACAGCCUGAGGCUGAGACAGCACUUGAGAUUCCCAACAUUCACCAUCAGGAAUACUCGUUCAGGCUCGAAGAGUAUUUGUCUGAAUCAGUAAACAUUAGCUCAUCACAAACCCCCACCAAUGGUGAAGAAGCCAGUUUAAGCCAUGGAGAUGAAGACCAGGUCAAGACUCUCUUGGAGCUGUUUCAGAGCACAUAAAGUUAA